AUGGCGCAAUUUGAUGUGGGUGAUUUCGUCCUUUGCGCUGAUGUUUGGCAACACACUGGAGCGAAGCUCCGUGUGAAGUGGUGCGGGCCCGCUCAAGUCACUGCAGCUACAUCGAAUUGGAUUUUUGAAAUUGAAAACCUAGUCACGGGUGAGCGUAGAGAGGCGCAUGCUAGCCGUUUGAAGUUCUAUGCGGACAACUCAUUAGCAGUCACGGAGGAUCUGCACCGGCACGUCGCUCACAACAGCGAGGGGCACGUGGUGGACACGUUUCUGUCUACACGGUACAACACUAAUGAAAAGAGGCACGAGUUACUCGUGCAUUGGCGCGGUUUGGACACCGUCGAGGACUCAUGGGAGCCGGCAACGGUGCUGCUCCAGGACGUUCCGGUCGCUGCCAAGGCAUUUGAGCGCUCCCACCAAGACGAUGAGGCUGUGCAAGCCAUGAGUGCCGCACUGGGCCUGUCUCUGUAG